CCGCGAUCGGAACAGUAGUGUCAUUCUGAUGUUGAUAUUUGACCUGUUUACAAUUGUUGAGGUGUAACUAUCACACAUCUUACACGGGUAUGGCCCGUGUAACGACAUUCUGGCUGUUUGUUUCGUUGGCAUCUGUCAUAACAACUUCAUCAAAACAAAAUGAGAGCGUGGGUGACCGAUGUUUCUGCAAGUUGACAGGUGAGGUUGAUGACUGCUCCUGUAAAGUGGAGACUUUAGACACACUCAACAAUAACAAACUUUACCCCAUCCUCAAGAGCCUCCUGGAGAAAGAUUACUUCAGGUAUUUUCAGGUGAACCUAAAUAAGGGAUGUCCGUUCUGGACAGAUGACAGUAGAUGUGCUCUCAAGGACUGCCACGUCUCCAAGUGUCCAGAGGAAAAAAUCCCUGAAGGUUUGAAGGGAAAAGGAAAUCAGAAUGGCCAUACUGACACGGGAAAAGUGGACGCUGGCAAAUACUCAGAGGCAGCUCAGAUUACUGGAGAUUGCGAAGAAGAGAGGAAACUGGGAGCCCUUAACAAAACUAUCAGUAAUGAGAGUAUGGAGGCAUUCAAAGACUGGACGAAGUAUGAUGAUGCUCAAGAGACAUUUUGUGAGAUUGAUGAUGAGUCGUCCAAUGAGCUGCAGUAUGUAGAUCUACUGUUAAAUCCGGAGCGAUACACAGGCUACAAAGGGGCUUCCCUCAUCGCAUAUGGAAUAGUGUCCUACAAUGAGAACUGCUUCAAGCCUGACCAUCAGGACUUCAGCCAGGGAUACCUGCCCCAUCCUGUCCCAAGAGGUUCAUCUGAUGAAGGCAUGUGUUUGGAGAAGAGAGCUUUUUAUCGUCUGAUUUCUGGCCUCCACACCAGCAUUAAUAUCCACCUGUGUGCAAAGUACCUAUUACCCGACAAGACUGGUUAUGGAACCUCAACUUGGGGACACAAUGUAAAGGAAUUUCAGAAGAGAUUUGACCCAAAGAAAAAUCCACAUGGCCCUCAGUGGUUAAAAAACCUCUACUUUACAUACUUGGUAGAGUUACGGGCCUUGGCAAAGGCUGCUCCCUACUUAUUAGAGGAAAACUUUUACACGGGUAACAAAGAAGACGAUAUAGAUGUGAAAAAUGGUGUGAGAGAAGUUCUAACAAUUGCCAAGUCUUUCAAUGACCAUUUUGAUGAAAGUAAACUAUUUAAAGGAGAUGCUAGCAUGGCUUCAACAUUAAAGAAAGAGUUUCGUGAACAUUUUCGUAACAUUUCUCGUAUCAUGGAUUGUGUUGGAUGUGACAAGUGCAGGUUAUGGGGAAAACUGCAGGUGCAGGGGAUGGGAACCGCCCUAAAGAUCCUCUUCUCUGGGAACAGUGUCGGUCCAAACUCAAUUGUCUCACCGCUUCACAAGGAAUCCUUCCAAUUGAGGAGGACAGAGAUUGUCUCGUUGUUUAAUGCCUUUGGCAGGUUAUCCAGUAGCAUCAAGAACUUAAAACAUUUCAGGACAUUGCUGCAGUAA